CGCCUGCGCAACUUCUUUUUCUGGGCGUCCGCGAGAGAGGCGACACCAUGAAGGCGUCGGGUACGCUGAGGGAGUAUAAAGUUAUUGGGAGAUGCCUUCCUACUCCCAAAUGUCCAACACCACCUCUCUAUCGGAUGCGCAUCUUUGCUCCCAACCAUGUGGUUGCAAAAUCCCGUUUCUGGUAUUUUGUCUCGCAGCUGAAGAAGAUGAAAAAAUCUUCUGGGGAAAUUGUAUACUGUGGACAGGUUUUUGAGAAGUCUCCUCUGAAGGUGAAAAAUUUUGGUAUCUGGCUGCGCUAUGAUUCUCGUAGUGGAACUCACAAUAUGUACAGGGAGUACAGAGAUUUAACAACUGCUGGAGCUGUUACACAGUGCUAUCGUGAUAUGGGAGCACGUCAUAGAGCCCGUGCUCAUUCUAUUCAAAUCAUGAAGGUUGAAGAGAUUGCUGCUAGCAAAUGCCGCAGACCUGCUGUCAAACAGUUCCAUGAUUCUAAAAUUAAAUUCCCUUUGCCACACAGAGUGUUGCGCCGCCAGCAUAAGCCUCGCUUUACUACCAAGAGACCAAAUACAUUCUUCUAAAUGUAGGCUUGAUUGAUAUGUUCCAUGUAUCAAUAAAGUUUUUUGAACAUUUGAUUGUAUUUUAAA